AUGCCAGAGGCAAUUCUUAUAAUUUGCGACAAUAUCAAAUCAGAUAGCCUUCAAGAAACAGAUCUCUUAGCCAAAGGAAUUGUUUAUAAUAAAUCGAUUAGAAAUAACCAGAAGGAUAUUUAUAAAAUACUAAAAAAAAGAAAUUUAUUCAAUAAGUUAUUAUUAAGUAAGGAUGAUAUCAAAUUUGCCAAAUAUAAACUCUCAAAUCCAUCAAAAGAAUUUAUUAAAGCAUUUGUAACAGAUGGGAAUCUGAGAAUUGGUGAAAAUGAUGAAAAGAGAUUACAUUGUUCUUUGAUUAGUUUUAUGUGUCAAUUGGAAUUUGUUUGGCAUAAACCAUCAUUUCAAGAUUGUGACAUGGGAGUGAAUGAAUGA